AAUACAAAGAAAGGAAGUGUGGGGGAGACCCUAAGAGAGUUGUUGCAACAAGUUGAUGCUUGGAUGUGACGACAAUGCGCGCCAUGUACUCUGAGCCCUCCAUGUUCUACUUGGCGACGAUCCCAGUGACUUCUACAACACCUGCUUUGUGACAACAAUCGCUGCCUAUUGUCCUGCAAAGAUGCUUCCAGCAACAUGACAAGAGGCCGAUGCCGGUGUCAAAAGAGCAGCAGCGGUUUCAAGUGCAUCCAAGUCGAUUACAGGACGAUGUGCCUCCUUACUUUAAAACGGAGCCGGUGCGGAGUCAGCUGCAUUUGGAGCGCAACCGGCUGGUGCUGACCUGCAUGGCCGAGGGCAGCUGGCCUCUGGAGUUCAAGUGGAUCCACAACAGCACCGAGCUGACCCGCUUCUCUCUGGAGUACAGGUAUCUGAUCCCAUCGUUGGACCGCUCCCAUGCCGGCUUCUACCGUUGCAUUGUGCGGAAUCGCGUGGGAGCGCUGCUGCAGCGUCGCACUGAAGUGCAGGUGGCUUUCAUGGGCAGCUUCGAGGAAGGUGAGCGCGAGCAGUCCAUCUCACAGGGAGAGGGCGCCGUCAUCCCCGCGCCUCGCAUCCGCAGUUUCCCGCAGCCGCAGGUCACGUGGUACCGGGACGGACGCAAGAUCCCGCCGAGCAGUCGCAUUGCCAUCACACUUGACAACACGCUGGUCAUCCUGUCCACCGUGGCGCCAGAUGCCGGCCGCUACUACGUCCAGGCGGUCAACGAUAAGAAUGGCGAGAACAAGACCAGCCAGCCCAUCACGCUCUCGGUGGAGAAUGUCGGAGGCCCGGCGGACCCCAUCGCACCCACCAUAAUCAUCCCGCCAAGGAACACCAGCGUCGUCACGGGAACGUCGGAAGUCACCAUGGAGUGUGUGGCCAACGCCAGGCCUCUCAUCAAGCUGAGCAUCACCUGGCGGAAGAACGGCGUCGUGAUCCGAAGCGGGCUGAGCGACUUCAACCGUCGGCUGACCAUCCUGAGCCCUCUGGUGGCCGACGCCGGCUACUACGAGUGCGAGGCCGUGCUUCGCAGUAGCAGUGUGCCAUCCGUCAGCGCUGGCGCAUACUUGCACGUGCUCGAGCCGCCGCAGUUCAUCAAGGAGCCCGAGAAGCACAUCACGGCUGAGAUGGAGAAGGUGGUGGACAUCCCCUGUCAAGCGCGAGGUGUGCCCCCACCAGACAUCGUGUGGUACAAGGACGCCACGCCCAUCGACCCGGUCAAAACGCCGCGGUAUCGGGUGUUGACCGGCGGCAGCCUGCAGGUCAACGGCCUCCUGCCCGACGACACCGGCAUGUUCCAGUGCUUUGCAAGGAACGCGGCGGGCGAGGUUCAGACCAACACAUAUCUCGCCGUCACCAGUAUCGCUCCCAACAUCACAGCCGGACCCUCCGACAGCACCGUGAUUGACGGGAUGUCCGUCAUCCUGCACUGUGAGACUUCCGGUGCUCCGAGACCAGCUAUCACCUGGCAAAAAGGCGAGCGUGUCCUGGCGAGCGGUUCGGUGCAGCUGCCUCGCUUCACCCUGCUGGAGUCGGGCAGCCUGCUCAUCUCGCCCUCGCACAUCUCCGACGCCGGCACGUAUACCUGCAUGGCCAGCAACUCGCGCGGCAUCGACGAGGCGUCGGCCGACCUCAUUGUCUGGGCUCGAACCCGGAUCACGACGCCCCCGCAGGACCAGAGCAUCAUCAAAGGCACCAAGGCCGCUCUGACCUGCGGUGUCACGCACGAUCCCAGCGUGAAUGUCAGGCACGUGUGGGAGAAAGAGGGCGUGGUCAUCAACGUGCACGCCAUCCCGCGCGUGCAGCAGGACGCCGAUGGCACCCUACACAUCUCGCAGACGUGGUCCGGCGACAUUGGCACCUACACCUGCCGAGUCACCUCGGUCGGUGGCAACGAUUCCCGCAGCGCCCACCUACGCGUUAGGCAGCUGCCUCAUGCGCCCGAGAACCCCGCGGCCGUGCUGAGCAGGUCCGAGCGGCGCGCCAUUGACCUGACCUGGGCCAAGGCCUUCGACGGCAACAGCCCGCUGAUGCGCUAUAUCCUGGAGGUGUCGGAGAACAACGCUCCCUGGGCCAUCCUGCUGGCCAGCAUCGAACCCGAGUCGUCUGCGGUAACUGUCAGUGGCCUGAUCCCGGCGCGCUCCUACCAGUUCCGCCUGUGCGCCGUCAACGACGUGGGCAAGGGCCAGUUCAGCAAGGAGACGGAGCGCGUGUCGUUGCCAGAGGAGCCUCCCAGCGCUCCUCCUCAGAACGUCAUCGCAAGCGGUCGCACCAACCAGUCCAUCAUGAUCCAGUGGCAGCCGCCGCCCGAGAGCCACCAGAACGGCAUCCUGCGGGGCUACACAAUACGAUACCGUCUAACGGGGCUGCCGGUGGACUACCAGAUCAAGAACAUCUCCAGCCCGGACGUGACCACGCUACUGCUGGAGGACCUCAUCAUCUGGACCAACUACGAAAUUGAGGUGGCUGCCUACAACGUGGCGGGCCUGGGCACCUUCAGCCACAAGGUCACAGAGUGGACACUGCAGGGGGUGCCAACCAUCGCCCCGGGCAACGUGCAAGCCGAGGCCGUCAACUCCACGGCGAUCCGCUUCACGUGGACCGCGCCCAACCCGCAGUUCAUCAACGGCAUCAACCAGGGCUACAAGCUGCUGGCAUGGGAGCCCGGCAAGGAGCGCGAGGCGUCGGCGGUGACGGUGCGGCCCAACUUCCAGGACGCCGUGCACGUGGGCUAUGUGACGGGCCUGAAGAAGUUCAGCAACUACUACACCUCGGCACUGUGCUUCACCACACCGGGCGACGGACCCCGCAGCCCUCCCAAACUUGUCAUGACGCACGAAGACAAACCAGGUGCCGUCGGCCACCUAAGCUUCACCGAGAUUCUCGACACAUCGCUCAAAGUCAGCUGGAGCGAACCUAGCGAGAAGAACGGCAUCCUCACAGGCUACCGCAUCUCGUGGGAGGAGUUCAACCGCACCAACACGCGGGUCACCCACUACCUGCCGAGCGUCACCCUGGAGUACCGCGUCACUGGACUCACCGCGCUCACCACGUAUACCAUUGAGGUGGCCGCCAUGACAUCCAAGGGACAAGGCUUGCUGUCAUCCUCCACCAUCUCGUCGGGCGUCCCGCCAGAGCUUCCUGGCCCGCCCACCAACAUCGCCAUCUCCAACAUCGGCCCGCGCUCCGUCAGCCUGCUUUUCAAGCCGGGUUACGACGGCAAGACUUCCAUCUCCCGCUGGCAGGUGGAAGCCCAGGUGGGUGCUGUGGGAGACAAUGAAGACUGGGUGAUGAUCCACCAAGUGUCCAAUCUACCAGACGCUCGCUCCCUGGAGGUUCCUGGCCUCAAUCCGUACACCUUCUACAGGUUCCGUAUGCGUCAGGUGAACAUUGUGGGCAGCAGCCCCCCCAGUCAACCUUCCAGGAAGAUCCAAACGCUUCCUGCCCCUCCGGAUGUUGCCCCGGCCAACAUCACGCUGCGCACCGCCAGUGAGACGAGCCUGUGGUUAAGAUGGAUGCCUCUGCCUGAGUGGGAGUAUAACGGUAAUGCCGAACAGGUGGGCUACAGGGUGGAGUACUCCAAGGCGGGUUCAUCGGGUCGCCCGCUCACCCAAGCCAUCGCCGACCGCUUGGAGAGGGAGUUUACGAUCGAGGACCUGGAGGAAUGGACCGAGUACGAGGUGAGGGUGCAGGCCCUCAAUGGCAUCGGACUUGGACCCUGGAGCCCGCCAAUCAGAGGCCGGACACGGGAGUCGGUGCCAUCCUGCGGACCCACCAACGUGUCGGCCUUAGCCACCACCUCCAGCAGCGUCCUGGUGCGCUGGUCCGAAGUACCCGAGCCGGACCGAAAUGGACUCAUUUUAGGCUACAAGGUGGUGUACAAAGAGAAGGACUCAGACAGCGGCGCCCGGUUCUGGAUGGUGGAGGGCAACGUCACGCACAGCGUCCAGCUGACGGGUCUGGGCAAAUAUGUCCUCUAUGAGAUCCAGGUGCUGGCGUUCACCCGCGUAGGAGACGGACGGCCCAGUUCUCCGGCCAUCUUUCAGAGGACCCUGGACGACGUGCCAGGACCACCGAUGGGCAUCCUGUUCCCGGAGGUGCGCACCACUUGGGUUCGUCUGAUUUGGCAGUCGCCCUCCCAACCCAACGGGAUCAUCCUGGCGUACCAGAUCACGUACCACCUCAACUCCAGCAACGGCAACACCGCCACCGUGGACGUGCUCAACCCCAGCGCCCGCCAGUACACCGUCACCGGCCUCAAAUCUGAGUGCGUCUACGUGUUCCGCAUCACGGCGCAGACGCGCAAGGGCUGGGGCAAGGCUGCUGAGGCGCUGGUGGUCACCACGGAGAAACGAGCUCGCCCGCAGCCCACCAGCCGCCCCGCCGUGCCUCAGAAGGACGUGCGCGCCCGCCGCGUUCUCCUGUCGUGGGAGCCCGGCAGCGACGGCCUCUCGCCUGUGCGCUACUACACCGUGCAGCUCCGCCAGCUCCCCGACAGCAACUGGACCGUGCAUUCGGCUUCCGUCAACCAUGACGCCACCUCCUACGUUGUCUCCAGGCUGAAGCCCUUCACGUCCUAUCAGUUCCGAGUGAAAGCGACCAACGACAUCGGCGACAGCGAAUACAGCGAGGAGAGCGAUGCCAUCACCACUCUGCAGGAUGCGCCGGACGAAGCGCCCGUCAUCUUCUCCGUCACACCACACACCACCACGUCAGUGCUGAUUCGCUGGAAGCCGCCCCCCGAGGAGAGGAUCAAUGGCAUCCUGCUGGGCUUCCACAUCCGCUAUCGGGAGCUGCUGUACGACCGUCUCCGAGGUUACUCCCUCCACGCCAUCAACAGCAUGUCUGCGUGGGCUGACCUCACGGCACCAUACAGCAUCCGCAAUCUGAGCGACGCCUCUCUGACGCAGUUCGAGCUGGACAAGCUGAGCAAGCACAAGCGGUACGAGAUCCGCAUGAGCGUGUACAACGCCGUUGGCGAGGGGCCCAUCAGCCCGCCCCAGGAAGUGUUUGUCGGGGAAGCAGUUCCCACGGCGCCUCCGCAGAACGUGGCCGUUCAGUCCGCCAGUGCCACCCAACUCGACGUCACAUGGGACCCGCCGCCAAUCAGCGCUCAAAAUGGCGACAUCCAAGGUUACAAGGUCUACUUUUGGGAGGCCCAGCGCAAGAACGAGACGGAGCGUCUGCGGACCCUGUUCAUGCCAGAGGGAAGCGUUAAGCUGAAAAACCUGACCGGCUACACCAGCUACAUGAUCAGCGUGGCCCCCUUUAACGCCGCCGGGGACGGACCACGCAGCCCCGCCAUCAGGGGGCGCACUCAACAAGCAGCCCCCAGCGCCCCCAGCUUCAUCCACUUCAGCGAGCUCACCACCUCCUCAGUUAACGUGUCGUGGGGCGAGCCCGCUUUCCCUAACGGCAUCAUCGAGGGCUACCGUCUGGUCUACGAACCCUGCACGCCCAUAGACGAGUCUUCCGCGACCUGUGCCGACUGUCUCCACUCCCCCUCCUCCCCCCCAGGCGUCAGUCGGACCGUCAUGAUGGACGUGAAGGGCAGCGGCCCGCUCUGGCUCAAGCUCAAGGACUUGGCUGACGGCGCCACGUACAACUUCCGCAUUCGCGCCCGGACCUUUGUGUACGGGCCUGAGGUGGAGGCCAACAUCACCACCGGUCCUGGAGAAGGAUCCCCGGGACCUCCCGGAGACCCCUUUAUCACUCGCUAUGGCUCAGCGCUGACCAUCCACUGGACCAGCGGUGACCCGGGACGCGCUCCGAUUACGCGCUACGUCAUCGAAGCCAGGCCUUCUGACGACGGGCUGUGGGACAUCCUGAUCAAGGACAUCCCCAAGGAAGUGACGUCACACACGUUCAACAUGGACAUUCUGAAGCAGGGCGUCAGCUACGACUUCCGAGUGAUCGGCGUGAACGACUACGGUUACGGCGCGCCGAGCCUACCCACUCCUUCCAUAUCAGCCCAAAAAGUGUCCCCCUUCUACGAGGAGUGGUGGUUCUUGGUGGUGGUUGCCCUUGUAGGGCUAAUCUUCAUCCUCCUGCUGGUCUUCAUCCUCAUCAUCCGAGGGCAGAGCAAGAAGUAUGCAAAGAAGUCAGAAUCAGUGUCUCUGUACGUGUGCGCCGCAGGUAACAACGCCAACUGCAAUGCGCUGACGCACGGCGACAUGGUGAGCCUGGACGAGGGUCGCUUCCCCACCCUGGAGUUGAACAACCGCAGGCUGUCCGUCAAGAACUCCUUCUGCCGGAAGAACGGCGUCUACACCAGGUCACCUCCCAGGCCAAGUCCAGGCAGUCUCAACUACUCAGAUGAAGACGUGAGCACAAAGUACAACGACUUAAUCCCUGUGGAGAGCAGCAGCCUGACCGAGAAACCGUCCGAAAUCUCCGACUCGCAGGAGGCGCUGGUGUUUUCAUACGGAACAGGUGGUCUACAUACACUUCCACUGCAUUUGGGCAGCGACAGUGAGUACGAGGUGGACGCCAACCGCCAGAAGACGCAUUCCUUCGUCAACCACUACAUCAGUGACCCCACCUACUACAACUCGUGGCGCCGCCAGCAGAAGGGCAUCUCCCGGGCGCAGGCCUACAGCUACGCCGAGUCGGAGCCGGGCGAGCCGGACCACUGCGCCUCCCCGCCCCAGCUGCCCUCUCUGCCGCCCUUGCCGCCCCAACUCAGCUCGCCCAGCCCCCAACCCCAACCCCAAUCCCAGCCCCAGCAGCAGCAGGCGCAGGGACAGCCACCCGGCCAGGGCAGCCUGUUCAGGCCCAAGGGCAGUCGGACUCCCACCCCGUGCCAGCAGAGCGCCAACCCCCCCGGCCAGCACGCCGCCCUCUACAGGCCCCCUAGCAGUCUGGCUCCCGGCUCGCGGGCCCCCAUCGCAGGCUUCUCAUCUUUUGUGUGAGAAUUGCAGAAAAAGAACAAAGGAAAUUCCUGGAAGUUUCCACGCCGCUUAUUUCCUGAUGGUAUUCCAACACUUUUAGCAACACCUUCAAUUGAGGCUUUCUAAGUGCAAGACACGUGAUGAAGAUACACACUUUUGGUCAGCGUUUUGUUUGCAUGACUUCUUAUUGUUUCUUUCUUUGUUUUGUUUCCACACACUCAAUUGGUACAGGCCCUGAACCUCACGGGAUCUCCCCUUACUCUUUUUAAAUGAGAAUUUCCAGAAAUGCACAAUGGAGAUUUCUGAAAGUGUCCACGUGGAUGUUCGUGUGAUUUGCACUUGUUUAUUUUUAUUUUUUUCAUACUUCUGACACGCCUUCAACUUGUGACUUUCUGCACCACUUUUUGACACACAGUUGUGAUACAUGUAUAUCUGCCACACUUCUUGUUAGCGCUUGUUAGCCUGAGCAUUUUUUUUGUUGUUUUAAGAUCGCCUUUAACUUGAGACUUUUUUUUGGACCCAUGGCCUUUUCCACAUUUUGGAUUUUUUUUUUUCACUUGACUUAACAGUUUUUCAUCUCCCGACACUUUCACAAAAACACCUUCAAUUUGCGACCUUUUGAGACACUUUGAAACCGCUAAACCUUUCAUGAGCGCUAUUUUAGCCACACUUUUUUUUUAAAUUUACGACACUUCAACGUGAGACUUUCUGCAACAGUUUUUGUUUGUGCUUUGUUUGCAAAGCAUCCUUUUUUUUAUUACCAAUACUCCUUCAACUUAAGACUUUUUGCCACAUGACUAUCAUACACUACACUUUGUGUUAGCAUUUUAUUUGCAUGACUUAUCGGGUUUUUUUCUUGUUUGCACACGCUGAAAUGGUACUACCUUUUUAUGUCGUACAAAGUCACAAGAAUCCUUGAAUACACAUAUUGUAUACAUAAAGACAUACUUAUGUAUAUAUAUAGUAUGAUGCUAUAUAUAUUAUAUAUAUGUACCUAGAGGACUAGUCGGUGCUCACUCAGUAUUUAUGGCGACUGGAAUAGUUUCGGGGGGAGAAAAAAGUGCUGUUCAUUGUACAAAAAUUGCAAUUUUUUUGUGUGUAUGUGUGUAAAGAAACAAUCACGUAGCACGUCAAAGAUCAGCUGGACUCAUACUUGUGAGUGACUAAUGAGUUUGUACCUUGAGUCCACAUUCCAACAGAUGCCUUUCAUGCACACGGAUGACAUCUGGCAGGAAACGGCGGACAUUUCCUGGAUGUUUUUGUGGAUAUUCCUACUUGAAAGAGCUUGGGAAUCACUGGCAGUCACUCUAAACCAAACCAAGGAUUUUCUCUGUUUUUUGGACCUUCUCGCUUCCCAUCCCAAUUGAAGAUGUCAUCGAAGCGCCUCGCCAACAAUUAAGCCGCUGUCCUGUCUCCAUUGCUUUGUUCAUGUGUAAGUGCGUGUGUAUGCGUGUUAAUACACGGCCCGAGCUUUACAAAUCAUUCACUGUGUGUGCGUGUGUGAGCGCAACAAACUGUAAACCUGCCGAGACACUUGUAAUGCCACAGUGAAAAAAAAAUCAAAAGGUUAGUUUGUUCGAACAAAGUCAUCGAAAUGUCAUUAUUUUUGUUUAGAGUUAUUUCCUGUGGGGUAAUUUUGUUUUAUUAUGCGAUAAAAGUUUACCAUGCAGAAGAAUGAAUAUAUGAUCGCAGUACAUUUCAAAAAUAAAUUAUUUUUCAAUGUUU